AUGUUCGUUGAAAAACGCAGAUAAACAUAGUAGAUAAUUAUUAAAUCAAGUCUACCUGUGUUACAACUUGUAAUUUAUUUAGAAUUGUAUAGUGCGUCAUCGAAGUAGCUUGUGUUGUGUUAAAUACGACGCAAUGUUAUUAUUAAUAUGGACAGCGGUGCUCUGUGGCAUCCUAUACAUUUAUUUACGUCAAGUAUAUUCACGAUUUAGUAAGCAUGGAGUGAAAUAUAUUAAACCUUUACCAAUUCUUGGUAAUAUGGCACCGACACUAUUGAGAAAAUGCCAUUUUGUUGAGGACCUGGAAAAUUACUAUCAAAAAUUCCCAGAAGAAAGAUUUGUGGGUAGAUUCGAAUUCAUGGUACCGACAGUGUUAGUUAGGGAUUUGGAUCUUAUGAAAAAAGUGACUAUAAAGGACUUCGAAAACUUCAUGGAUCACAGAGGCUUUGCCGAUGAAGCAGUAGAACCAAUCUUUGCAAGAAAUUUAUUUACCUUAAAAGGUGAUGAAUGGAAAGAUAUGAGAUCAACUUUGAGUCCGGCUUUCACCAGCUCAAAGAUUCGAGUAAUGGUGCCCUUUAUGGAGGAGGUUGGAAACCAGAUGAUGGCCGUAUUGAAGAAGAAGAUAGAAGCCAAUGGUGGAAAAGCUAUAGAAGUGGAUGUUAAAGAUCUAACAACACGUUACUCUAAUGAUGUGAUUGCCACCUGUGCGUUUGGACUUAAAGUUGACUCUUACGUCGAAGAGAACAACAAGUUCUAUGAAAUGGGAAAGAUUGCAGCAUCCUUUAAAUUACGACAGAUGCUUAUGUUAAUGGCAUAUUCCGCGUUUCCUGCUUUGGUCAAGAAAUUAAAAUUGACCCUUUUCACGAAAGAAACGACAAACUUUUUCAUAACGCUCGUUAAAGACACGAUGCACGCUAGAGAAGCCAAUCAUAUAAUACGUCCAGACAUGAUUCACUUGCUAAUGGAGGCUAAAAAAGGUCGUUUAAGCCAUGAAGCGAAAGAUUCUGUUGGAGACGCAGGUUUUGCAACUGUUGAAGAAUCGGAUGUUGGAAAGACCACUGUUAAAAGAGAAUGGACAGAUAAUGAUCUUAUCGCCCAAGCUGUUCUUUUCUUUAUUGCUGGUUUCGAGACGAUAUCUGUUGCAAUGUGUUUCACGUUACACGAACUGGCGUUACAUCCUGAAGUUCAAGAAAAAUUGGCAAAAGAAAUCAGAGACCAUUUAAAGAACGGUGGAAAAAUUGACUUUAAUUCUAUUCAGAAUUUGCGUUACAUGGAUAUGGUAAUCUCAGAGGUACUACGAUUAUGGCCACCGGCUAUAGCUACAGACAGAAUUUGCAACAAGGAUUAUAAUCUAGGAAAACCAAACAAAAAUUCUACUGAAGAUUUCAUUGUAAGAAAAGGCGAAGUCUUAUUUUUACCAAUCUGGUCAAUUCACCGGGAUCCUAAGUAUUUCCCCAAUCCAGAAAAGUUUGAUCCAGAAAGAUUUUCCGAUGAAAACAAAGACAAAAUUAAUCCAAUUGCAUAUCUGCCAUUCGGUGUUGGUCCCAGGAAUUGUAUUGGUUAG